AACAGAGGUGAGCAAGCAGCUCAACCUGAGCUCAGACCUGAGCUCAACGUCUGAAAAGUUAAAACUCAAAGUUCUAGCUAGAGCUCCCAGCACAUCCUCCUCGCAACCCUCUUGCUUUCUUGCCAACUGCACCGCAUAGAGUACGAGAGAGGCGGAACGGCCGUCCCUAUACUGCCCUAGAUCUUUCGGUUACCGAGCCCUCAGCUUCCCACCGCCUUCUCCAGCCCACCCCAGCCAACAUGGUCGUCCGGAUUCGUCUAGCACAAUGGGGCCAACGCCAUAACCCAUUCUACGGCAUUGUCGUCACAAACCACCGUGCAGCACGGGACGGCAAAUAUCUCGAGCGGGUGGGGACAUACAACCCUAUCCCCGACGCAACAGGGAUCAAGCGAAUGGAGCUGAACGCGGACAGGAUAAAGCAUUGGUUGGGCGUUGGUGCCCAGCCAAGCGAUAGGGUGGCUUGGUUGCUGGCAAAGCUGGAUCUCAUGCCGCUAAAACCACGCCAACUUCAGAACCAAGGCACUGUCUCAGUAAACGACCCCAAGACAUGGGAAAUCCAAGUACGAAAUGCAUCCGGCGCCGCCAUCACCCACCUGACCGCCUCCGAAGCUCGCAACUUGCUGUCGGAUACGGAACUCGGGAAGGAACUGCCGAAAGACCACCCGCCCAAACCGCCAGCUACGUCGUCGAUCACACAUGAGACCCUUAAACUGGACGGAACUCCACCGGCGCAACCAUUGACGGCCGCCGAGCGGUUGCUUGUGUUGCAGAAGUUGACGGGCAUCCAGCGAUGAGAUAGUGGAAAGGAUGAGCGUUACGAGAACGCAGGCACGCCAACACCUCCUUGUGCAAUAGGGGCACUGUUUUGGAAAACUGCACUCACACUACAUAUACAAGCAGAACCACAUAGAGUUCCCGAUUUUGAUGGGCAUCACCGGUUACUAGCUCGUGGAGGUUGUUUGUUACAUAUUUAUAGCCGAAUAGAAUCAGAU